CGGGCGUGAGGGAGGGAGCGAGAGGGGAGGGCGUGAGGAGCGAGCGGCGGGAGGGAGCGGGUGAGGCGAGGGUAGUCCCGCGCUAUUCGCGGCGCCUCGCCUUCCAGCGGAUUUCUCUUCGGGCAGCGGCUUUCCUUUCCCGAGGAGCUCCCGUCCUCCCAUCUGCCCCUCAGACGAAGUCCCCCGUCACCCUCAGCCCGCCCCCGGUCCCGCCGCUAUGUCUCUCGGCCAGCGCCUGGCCCGGCUGGCCGCCCACCUGCAGGACCCGCGGAAAGUGGCCGCGUUCCAGCGGCUCUGCGGGGUGGAGGGGCCUUCGGGCUGGGCCGGCGCGGAGCAGCGGGGGCCGGUGGCGAACGGUGGCCCCGCGGGCGGGCAGGAGCAUCCCACUGGGAACGGGGCCGUGCCCGGCGCGGCGGGAACCCCGCGGCGCUGGAGGAGGAGGCCGCGCCGAAACUCGCUGACGGAGGAGGAGGACGGCAGCCAGGAGUUCGCCACUCGCAGCCGAUUCCUCUACUAUCUGUUCAGCCUGGGCACGGAGCUGGGCAACGAGCUCUUCUACAUUCUCUUUUUCCCUUUCUGCAUCUGGAAUGUGGACGCCUGGCUGGGCCGGAGGCUCAUCAUUAUCUGGGUGUGGGUGAUGUACCUGGGGCAGUGUACCAAGGAUGUGAUCCGCUGGCCCCGUCCUGCCUCGCCGCCCGUGGUGAAGCUGGAGGUCUUCUACAACUCCGAGUACAGCAUGCCCUCCACCCACGCCAUGUCGGGCACCGCCAUCCCCCUGGCGCUCCUGCUGCUCAGCUACGGCCGCUGGCAGUAUCCCCUUAUGUUUGGACUGAUCCUGGCAUUCUGCUGGUGUUCUUUGGUUUGCUGUAGUCGAAUUUAUAUGGGAAUGCAUUCAAUUUUGGACGUUAUUGCUGGAUUUCUGUAUGCUAUUCUUAUCCUGGUUCUCUUCCAUCCAGUUGUGGACCUGAUUGACAAUUUCAACUUAACUUACAAAUAUGCACCCUUAAUUAUCAUCAGUCUCCACUUGGCCCUGGGCAUCUUCUCUUUCACCCUGGACACGUGGAGCACGUCGCGAGGAGACACAGCUCAGAUCCUGGGCUGCGGUGCCGGCGUGGCCUGUGGCUCUCACGUCAACUACAUCCUGGGUCUGCAGCUGGACCCUCCUCCCCACACCUUGCCCUUGUCCCUGUCCUCCCUCACAGUGACUGUGUUUGGAAAGGCCAUACUGCGCUUGUUGAUCGGGGUCAUCGUUCUGCUGUUAACAAAAGUGGCCAUGAAGAAAGCCACGAUUCCUCUGGCCUGUAAAAUAUUCCGCAUCCCACAGGGCGACGUGCGGAGAGCCCGGCAGCGCAUGGAGGUGGAGCUGCCCUAUCGCUACAUUACCUACGGCAUGGUGGGCUUCUCCCUCAUGUUCAUUGUUCCUUGCCUCUUCCAUUUCAUUGGUCUUUCCUGAUGCAGUCUGAUCACGUUGGGUAGGGAGAACUGAGCUAGUUGCUUUUUGAAGAGGUGCACUAGUUUGCUAAGGGAAGGCCAGCCAGCUUGGCUUUAGCAGGGCCUUCCUAUUAACAGCAAUACAAAGCAAACAAAGCAUUUAAAGGGCUUUGCACAUCUCUGGGGAUGGUUUAGGGCCAGAAGUCAAGCAUCAGUCCAGGAGAAGUGCUGACCUCUGUAAAUGCUGUUUUUUGGACUUGUUGCCGUAACAAAGUCUGUGUGUGUGUGAUGCAGUGAACGUAUCUGGGAUGGCUGCCAGGCUGUACCUGUGUACACUGACACUUCAGCAGGUGUGUCUGACAGCUGGUCAGAAGGCUCCAUUCAUUAUCUGUUUGCCAUUUCACGGUAAUUAAUUCAAGUUGUUGGACCAUAAACUGUUACAUUUGCUUUCUUCUAUUCUUUCCUGAAGUCCUGCUUCAAGGUAUUUCAAUUAAUAGGUAUUUUUAAUGGACCAAACUUGUAAUGAGGUUGAAUUUUUCUAAAUAAACAAGCAAAAGGCUUUUUCUUUAGCCCCCUUUGCAGAGAAAAAUGUCUGGAUUAGCAUUGGUAGAUAUCACUAGAGUAUAUAUAAUUCAGGUACUGUAUUUUAUGGUUUAAUAACUGUGCCUUUCUGUUGCUAAAUUAAGAAAUGCCAUAUAUACUGUGAUGUAAAAAUGCCUAAUUUUAUGGAAAAUCCUACAUAAUUAGGCAGAUAUUAGAAAAUGUUAGUUGUCCAUGUUGCUGACAUGGUCCAGGUUAACCAGAAUGUCCAGUUUUUACUGAUCAAAAUUGCAUAAAUGAAAUGACCCAGGAAUUGUCCUUGAGCUCAAGAUAUUGUAAAUGAACAAUAGUCCCUUUUGUAAGUAUUUUUAACGUGUAUUGUAAGUUACUGCAAGAGGAUAUAUUUUUCUGGAGAUUGUUUAUACAGUGGAUGGAUAUUCAAAAUUAAUUAUUUAAACAUAUAAACAAUAAAAGCACCCCAUUCUGCAAAGAAAUGGGCUUCAUUUAUUAUUCCAAACUAAACUAGAAGGACCACUGCUUUUAGGUAUUUGGUUAGAAAAUAUUAUUCUAGAAAAAUCUGUAUUUUUAUGCAUUAGCACACUAUAUUUAAAUGUUAUAAUCACUUUUACCCAAUUUAGAUAGUUAUAAGACAAUGUAACAAUUAAAGUAAACUUGUAAUCAUUCUGAUUGACAGAUUGUGAGGAGUCAAGACAGCAUGGUCAAUGCAUGAAUGGUUUGUGAUGUCUAAAUUUGGCAGGAUUUUAUUAUGUGCUUUUGAGCUUUUCAUGAUCCUUUUCCCUUCAAGUGUAAUUUCAUGUGCCUUUUUUCUGUUUCAUUUUGUCUUGUUCAUGUGUUGCCUGAUCUGUUCUUUCCAUGUCAGGAACACUGCAGGAAGCACUGUCUUAGUGUCUGAGCAGACACAAAUGAUUUAAUUUUGUAUUAUACUUCUUUUUCAGGAAAAGCAUCAUUUGGUUGGCAAAUAUGGUGAUUAGAUACAAAAAAUUUAGGCUUUGUAUUCUAAGCAGUAUUUGGUUUUAGAAGGUUUUUUGUGUUGGAGAUUGUAUCUCCAAGCUGUUAAUAUGGAGAUUUUAGAAGGUUUUUUGUGUUGGAGAUGAUAUCUCCAAGCUGUUAAUAUGGAGAUUGACAAAAUUAGCUUCACUUUCUCUGAAGCAGAUAAGGUUUAUGGUACGCUGGCACUGGAUGAUGUGAAAACUCCACUUUUCUGGUGCAUUUCUGCUGUGCAUUCUGAAUGCGCUGCCAUGAAUGUAUUCAAACUGAGGUAUCCAAAACUGAGUGUGUUAAACAACUUCCACAGCUGAAAAGACCUCACCCAGUAGAAAAUGGUUAGCUUGUUUCAGUGUGUAUUUCUGGAUUUGAUUUUUGUGUCUGUUCCUCUUUUGCAGUUCAAUGCAAAAUGUGCAGUAAAAGGUAAAUUGGUUUCUGGGGUUUUGAGAGUGGGGUUUCCACUGAUCUGGCUUCACACACCAAGAUAGCCAUUAAAUACAUAGCUGGGGGAAUGUACACAAAAUGCCUUAUGCUUAAAGCCCUAAGCAAGUGGUGUAGUUUCAAUUAUAUUUAAUUAGUCUGAGGACUGUUAAAAAUAAUAGGAUAACUUUCUCUGAAAUUUAGAGCAUAUUCUCCUUAAAUAUCCUAGCUUUACAGUUUAUAGCAAAAAUGUUUAAAUUCUAGCACAGAAAAAGUGAGCAAAACUAAUUUUUUAAGGUACAUAUUGGACUUAUAGAAACUUCAAGUUUACAUCAUAAAGAGCAUAAUUAAAGCUGUAUUUUCUAGCUGUGCUUGCUCUCCUGUAGUAUUAAUGGAACAUGAGAUCUACUGUGGAGGAUCUGGAAGGGGUGAAAAAGAUCACACAGAGCUUUCAACAGGCUAAGGAAAAUUGCACUGUAGCUUAUUCUACUGUCAUAAAUUUAUUUUUUAUAUUUUUAUACAGUACAUUGAGUAAGUUCAAAAUGUCAUGUUCCACUAUCCAGGAAAUGUCCAUCAGAAUGUCUAUACAGCACCUUCAGUAACUACUUGACUGAAGUUUACAUGAGAAAAAGUUCUACUGUUCUGUUUUCAUGUUUUAUAAUGGGUUAGGCUCAAGAGGGCAGUUAGCACAAAAUGUCAUGCAAUAUGAAUACCUUUAGAGGAUAAAGAAUUGCAGACAUGCAAAUGCUUAAAAAUCCAAGUAAAGUAUUUGUAUUGUGGUAUAAUUUUGUUUACUGAUAAGCUAAGGUUCCUUGGAAUUGGGCAUAACAAAGCAGCAGGUAAAACUGGAGCACUUUCUUUGCCAUAAUCUAUUCUUAGAGUUGAAUAUUAAAAAUGUUUCUAGUGUGAGCACCAGCUGGUACCAAAUUCUUUAUAAAUAAAGUUAGUAUAGCUUUAAGAGGUAGUCAGAUGUCUUUCCACAAGGAAAAAUGCUUGAAAACUUUUAUGACAUGGUGCAAAAUCGUCCUGCUAGUGAACUCCCUCAGUCCCAGAGAGAAAUAUACUUCAUAGAACCACAUUUAUUGCAAAAAGUUGCAGGCUAAAUUUGCCUUUUUAAGUUAUUGUAUGAAAUAAACCUUUAAACCAACAGGUAGGUAGAGAGCAAUUUGACACAGAAUCCUGUUUUCCAAGAGGCUGAAGAGAUGCAAAUUAGUCUGAGACUGCCUUAAACAUAGGAGCAGGAUUUUUUCUGGCCUGGCCCUCACUCAGAACUGUCAUGUGCAUCUUGGGUGAGUUUCAGAAUCUGUUAUUUUGGAAAAAUGUUUCAUGUUUAUAAAAAAGCAUUGCUUUUGCUUUCUCCUGUGUGAUCACCUGUGAAGCUGUUGGGUCUCUGAGCAGGAGGUGGAAGAGCAACUUGCAGGGAAAUUGGCAAACCAAAGGGAGUUGGGUUUUGUGUAUUUAUUUGGAGUUUUUUUAAGGUUAUGUACAGCAUUUCUCCUGGAAUGAAAAACCAAACAGAAAGAUGCAUUUCUUUUAAAAUGGCAUCUCCAAAUGUGAUACGUGGCUUUUGUGUUGUUUAUUUUUUUUCUUACCAGAACAGUGUUAAAUUGUCUGGAUAUUAGAAGCUACUAUGUUUUCCUUUGUUUUUGGUUUUUUUUUUUUUUUUUUUCAAUUACUACUCUCAGUAUUUUUUACUCCAUUUUUUGCUUAUUUCUGAGAGAGUAUCCAGAACGUCUGGACAUAAUUGCUACUUAUGUGAAGAUUGUAAUUUUGAACUUGUAAAUAAUUAAGGGUUGUUAGCUUCAAAAAUAUAUAAAAACAAAUCCUUGCAUGCUGUAAGUAAAUACAUCUGUUGUGCUAAAAAUUGUUUCUGUUUCUGUUUUUGCUUUCUCAAUAAAAAAAUCCAGUUUUCACACACCAUACAGAAGAUAUUUAAUAAUCCAAUGGUAUUGCUGUCAAACUCCUGCUAACUUUACUGGGAGUUCUGCACUUGGUUCCUUCCACACAGCACUGGGAAUGAAGCCUGAAGGGCAAGUCUGUGCUGACCUGUGAGCAGGCUCAGUGAGUGUGAAAUGACUCAGCUCUAAAUGUGAUAGCCUUGCUUUUGGGUGAUUUUCCUUGUUAAAACCACACUUAGCCCUGUUUUUAUGAGAUUGCUUAAGGGCUCAACUUGGAAGUCCAUUCUCUGUAGGUGGAACUGGCUGCACAUUUCUAACACUCUCCCUCUGUACCAUAAUUCUGUGAAUGAAGUGACCCCAGAAUGAAGUCAGGAGAUAAAAUGAGAGGAGAAUUGAUUUCUUGGGGUAUUGUGACUCAACUUAUUGUAAUUGGUUAUUGAAUGGUACUUUGGUUGGAGUGGACUUUAUGUCUGUUGGUUAUAAAAUUUAUUUCUGUAUUCUACAAAGAACUUCGAGGAAACUUAACUUUUUUGUGGGAGGAAGUUGAAUGACUUCUUGCCAGACUUCAUUCUGCAGGAAAGCUUAAGUGGCCUUUUGUUUCAGAAGAAAUAUAUGAGCCUGUUUUAAAAUUUACUGCAAAUGAUAUAUUUGUCAAAUUGAUAGAUUAAUUGGGUCACUAACAUUCUUGUUCUUGCAAUACUGAACAAAGGCAAUGAAAGCUGAAUUUGAAAACAAAAUGUGAUAUUGUGUGGCAGAGAGGAUAAAGUAAUUUAGGUGUUCUCUAAAAAGCACGUUAUCACAUGCUGGUUUUAAAGCAAAUUUAGCCAUGCAUUAGAAAAAUUUCUUUGCACUCCAUUCUGUACCAGAAAUUAUUUGCAUGUUGGUAAGAGGCCUUGUAAGAAAAGAAAGGAAAGCAGGGUGUGCUUGCAGUGUAUGAUCAGUAACUGUUCCUGUAGGAUCAGAGGAGAAGAGAGAGUACAUGGGAUAACAGUACCUUAAAGAUACUGAUUAGUAAAUGUAAAUCCCGUCAAGUUGGAGAAUUUUAUUAGUCACUGAACUUUGACUAAAUUAGUCACUAAGUUUUUCCACAAGUUUAUUUUUGUUAGAAAGUGUAAUGAAAGAUAAGAGUGAUAUUACUGAAAUGGAAAUUAGCUCUCAAGACAAUUCUAGAUGACUAAAGUAUCAAAACUGAAAAAGAUCAAUUCAGGAGGAAGUAAUGGGAACAGUAAGAGUAGAGUCUGAGGGGGAUUUUGUAUUAAACUUAAUGCACUUAAAAAUAUGCCAAAAUUUGGCCUACACUUGAUUUAUAUGAAAUCUGUAGUACAAUAUAUAGAUAUAUAUAAAAAAAUAUUGUGCAUUGGAGCUUAAUAGUUUUUAUGUAUAGAUUUUUUUUUUGUUUACUGCAUUCCCCGAUAAAAGGGAGUUGAUAAAAUACAAACCUGUGUUGUCUCUAUGUUAGUAGCCUUUUGGGAAAGAAUGCAGUUGUAACCCAGUCUCUCAACCUCUUGGAGAACUUGAUUAUAAAAAAAACCCAAACUAUAGAGAUGCAAGCCCUGAAUAAGUUGAGGAUCAUAAAAUGUUUGCUGUAUAAUAUUGUACAACUGAUGUUUUAAAAAUUAAUACAUCAGCACUUUGUUUUACUCUUGUUAAUGAUUUGGUACUCAUUGCACACUUUCUGAGUUGUCAAUUUAGCUUAUAGUGACUGGUAACUGAAGUGUCUAACUUCACCUGCAAUGUGUGGGUAAUAAACUCCUGUUGUAUUCA